AUAAAACGGCCUGUGCUUGGUCGCGUUUGAUAUCGUAAAGGCAGGAGCUCUGUGUCUGGAAGUCAUUUAUAAACUUCAAGCAUGACACUAUUACAGUGUAUUCGCCGUAAAAAAUAUCGUAAAAUUAAGGUUAGCAAGUGUAAAGCUCUUCAAGGAUGCCCUUUCAAAUCUGGCGUAGUAUUGAAACUUAUGAUAAUGAAGCCCAAAAAACCGAAUUCCGCUAAUCGAAGAGUUGCAAAAGUUCGUUUGAGCAACGGAUUUAUAAUAAACGCCUUUAUUAAUGGUGGUAAGCACAACCUUUCCCCUCAUUCAUCUGUGUUAGUCCGUGGAGGCGGUAGGAAAGAUUUGCCUGGUGUUAACUAUUCCUUAGUGCGAGGUAACCGAGACUUGGGAGGAGCUGACAGAGUGCAUGCUCGUUCAAAAUAUGGGGCUAAAAAAUCCGACAAAGGUGAGACCAAAAAGAAUUACUCCACCUUUACUUCUUUUUUGUUAGCAGCUGCGGAUUUGCACCUCUUGAAACUUCAAGUUAGGAUGUUUAACACCGCAUCUGAGUUGAUGAUUACUAGUAGAUUAAUUUAAGGACGGUUGUCUUCGACCCAGCAACGUUUAUCACAAAAUAAAAGAUAAAGGAA